UUAAUUUCGCAAUUUCUUGCAGCUCCGGACCCGUAGUCCAUGCAGCUCGAGUCUCUGGGGCGGGGAGUUUCUGACUGAAUGACGCUGCUGGAGCUAGCGGAGGACGCGCUUGACCUCCUGUCCCGUGAUGCUCUCUCUGCGUGUUGCGGAGCGGUUGAGAGCGGCAGUCAGGGGCGGUUAGCUGCCCGUUAGCUCGGUGCCGCCGCAAGGGGGGCGGAGAAGAAGAAGAAGAAGAAGACGACGACGACGAAGAAGAAGAAGAAGAAGCUGCUGCUCUCUGUCAGCUACCUGGCAGAGAAGAGCCGCUCACACCAAGAGAGACAAACUUUCCGGAGAAACUUUCAGAGUCCCGCUGGAUUGUUUACGAUGAUGAUGAUUAUUAUAUAGAUGUCUAUUUUUUUUUAAACUGAGUUUGCUCGCAUCAUGCUUCCACAGAGACAGAGGAGACUAGCCCACAGCGGCUAUCUUGGCUAAUUGGUGAGAAAUACUUGAACCGCUGAGAGGCUGGACCCGCCUCAGACUAAAGUACCGGCGGCCGCUGCUCAGACACAAGUUUGACAAGGGCCCGCCUGCUACUCCUCCGCCCGGAUACAAGGAAGGCCGACCCAUACGUGGGACCAGACACCCCGAGCUUUCUCGUCGGGGGUCCGGGCCUUGGACUUUUUUUUAUUUUUAUUAUUUUUUUCUGGACGGCAGAGAGCAAGAUGAACUCCGGGGGAAAUGUGCAGUGACGGUACGUGCCUUAAUCGCGUCCCUCGGUUGUGAGCUGCUUCGCCGGACGUUAGCGCGGCACUUCGUCCCCCCCCCUCCUCCCUCCUCCUCCUACUCCCCCCCACAGGGCUGCCUAGAAUCGCCAAAGAUGUCGGGGAAAACGACGGGGAAGAAGAAAAGUUGCUUCCGGAUCACGAGCGUAACUCUGGCCGGGGGCCUGAUCGGCGACGGCGGCAGCGGCGAUCAGCGGCUGGACGACCCGGAGGAAGCCAGGACCGAGCUCCGGUCGCCGGUGGCGUUCGAUCGGUUCGACGCCGGGGGGUGUGACCGGGCCCCGGCGGAGGAAACGUCGAACAGCGUCGGGGAGAACCAGGAGGGCCAGCCGCCCAUGGCAAGUCCUGUCAACGGGGGGUUCGCUAUUAAACCCACACCCAGUGGUCGUAACACCCCACACAGCGUGGAGGGGAGUGUGCCUUUUGUCCCCAGCUCCAGUAUGGGGAGCAGUGCCGCUGCUGCUGCUCUCACCAGCAUGAUCCAGGCAGCCAGCAGCAGCAGCACCAGCUGUAGUAGUAGUAGUUCUCGGUUUAGAGUCAUUAAACUUGACCAUAGUAAUGGAGAGCCCUUCAGACGGGGCAGGUGGACGUGUACCGAGUUCUACGAGAAGGAGUCGGAUUCAGGAGCUCAUCGGACUGUGGACAGCUUUAAGUCCUCCCCGUCCGUGGACCACAGCGGGGACAGAGACAGUGGGUUAGGGGCUACUUAUAAUUUUGCUGUCAGCGGCGGUGCUUUCCCGGCACCGGCCCGGGACAACUGCACAGAGUCCCCCGCUGGACACCACACCCACUCUCAGGCCUCUGAGCCCCCGCAGCAGGGCCACGGCCUGUCCCCUCAGGCCGAGGGUGGAGCAAGUGCCUUCCAGUCCACGGUGUACGCCGCCGCCGCAUCGCCACAGCAGGCCGCACGGGCUCAGGGCAACGCGUCGCCCCCCGCCGGCCCCCAGACUUUCGCACCCGACGGCCUCAACGGUGACGCCGGCUCGCGCUCCGGUUUCGUUUCAGGAAGCGCGCAGCAGCAGCAGCCUUCAGGGGGGGCGGGCGGUGCCCCCGCACCCUCCGCCGCCCCCGUCUCCGUCCACGGCGAUGGCCAGAACGUGCCUGCCACAGUGCCAAGUACAACCGGCGUGCCCCCGGGCGCGGCGAGUCAGGCGGGGGGACUCAUCCAGCUGCAGGGGGGAGUCGUCAGCUCGACAGAACCGCUGUUCCACCGCGGCGCCGUCGCGGUCCCAGCGAAGGACGGCGUCCGCUCCCCUAUCGGCGAGGGCUUCCGGCUGUCCAGUCCCACCGUCAACAGCUUCUUCGGCAUCCAGAUUACGAUGAACGAGGACGGAGACGGGAACCCGUCCACUGCGUUCUACCAGGCUUUCCGGCCUCGCAGACCAAGGGGGUCAAAGCCCGUCAACGAUAGCGCGUCUGGUGCCAACGUAGUCGCCAUCGAUAACAAGAUCGAGCAGGCCAUGGACUUGGUGAAGAGCCACCUGAUGUACGCCGUGCGCGAGGAGGUGGAGGUGCUGAAGGAGCAGAUCAAGGAGCUGUACGAGAGGAACUCUGUGCUGGAGCGCGAGAACGCCGUGCUGAAGUCGCUGGCGAGCACGGAGCAGCUCAGCCAGCUGCCCGGCCAGCUCGGCUGCCUGUCGCCGCCGCUGCAGCUGCAGCUGCACCAGCCCCCGUUCAUCAAGAACGGCGCCCACUCCCUGGUUCACCACGAGGGGAGCCAAGGCGUCUCCUAUCAGCCCAACAUCACCUCGGCGUGAGCACCCCCCCACCCCCUCCAUUUACCCUCUUAAACACAUGUUUUAAAGACAUGCCUCCCACGGACAGGAGCAGAAUGUCCUCGUCGGGGGGGAAAACAAACACAACAAACUGUCCUGUUAGCCCUUAAAGCAAAAGGCAUGGCUCUGCACAGUGCGUGCCAACACAGGGGCCUUCACACCGUUAAGACAUUUACCAACACUUUAAGUCUUAUUGUGUCCUGUGCUUGGCUGCGCGUGAGCCAUUAAACUGAAUGUCGUCCCUGUGCAGGAGGUGGGGGGGUGGUGGUGGGAGGCGUUCGUUAGCUCGGUGAGCUUAAAUUGUCGGGACAAAGAGCUUGAAGACAGUAUUAGCGACGAAAAGAAAAACAAACGUCCGGCACAAACUGUCCUCCAAGUGUCCCCACGUCACUCCAGGGCUGGAAGAGGAGGAGACGCGGCGCCGGUCGGACCGAGCGGAAGAAAGACGUCGUCGUCGAGCAGAGGAGGAGAGGAUCGGGUCGUCUCUGCUCCACCCGAGCGAGACAGGAGCCUACGCUUUUUAAAAUAAAUAUAUAUAUAUAUAUAUAUGCUGCAUCGAACGCUUGUUUUCUCAAAGCCACCGUACUUUUGGCAAGAAUCGUAACAAAAAAAUACUCUGUAGUUCUGUUUUUUUUUUUUUUGGUUUUUUUUUAGCAAUUUUUUGUUUUCCAUUUAUUUAUUUCAGGGCUGCUAUUUUCAUAAUGUAAAAUGAACAACAUCAUGAAGUGACUUCAAAAUUCAAAACAACUUAAUUUAGUAUUUUUUAUUUUUUUUUUUGGGUAUUUUAACACCUGACAGGUAGUAUAACAUUUGUUAGUUUUUUUUCAACGUGAGUAAAGUAGGCAAUAACGUUCCUUGGUUGAAAUUGUUCUCGUGAACUGGUGGUAACACUAAAGUGGAGCUUUUAUGAGGUGAAAUCCAGGUUGAAUGUAUAUUUUGUAAAGUAUUAAAGAGCGGGGGAGGGUUUGUACAGGGCAAUGCCUGUUAGGGUAUAACAUAUGAUGGGAUGUUUCAAUAAAGAAAACUAUGAAUUUACUUUUUUCUAGAUUUUUUUUUUGCUUUUUUUUCCGUCAAAACAGAAAUUAUUUUUUUUUUUAGGGGCGUAAGAGAUGAAAAGCUGUGAAAAUUGUUCAACCUACUUUAUAACCAAAGACUCAAAAAACUGUGUUAAGUCAUUUUUAUUAAAUGCAUGUUUAUUUUUUAUUUUAUUUUUUUCCCCUCUGACCUUUCCCAUAUAAGUUUUGUUGCUGUUUUGCAUGUCCUGCAUGAUCUGUCAUCAGACCACUUUCUUACCUCAUUUUAUUUUAAAGCAGCACUCUUAUUUUCUGUCAAGUCUGUGAAUGAUUAUUGGAGGAUUUGUGAACAAGAAAGGGAGCUGUGAGCAAGAGGAGUGGAGCAAGUAAGGGAGGGGGGGGGGUUGUGGUGGUAAAACGGGCGAAAAGGUUGGGAAUGUAUUUUGUUUGAGGAGGAGAAGCGGAACCGUGUGCGUAAGAAGCGAGGAGCCAUCUUCAUCGUUUGUUUUAAUCUGAUACACAGAGGGAAGCUGUUGUGACGUUGCAGGUUUUGAUCAAACGCAGCAUUUAGUUUUUUCGCCUGCAGUGUGCAGCAUUUUGCUUGCAAAGACAAGGAGAGCGAUAUGCGUUGAAACUGAACAUUUCACACUUGAAAGCUGCUUUUUAGGGGAUGUCCUGUCCGUCUCACGUUCUCUGUGCCUCCUGUACCUGCGGUCGGCGGGCCGCUCGGUCCAUUUCUCUGUGGCUUAGAACCGAAUCAAACUGCUUGGUAAUUGUACAAUCAGACAUCUCUCUUAAAUCUUUUUUUUUUUUUUUUCCCUCCCACCCUUAAGUUUUUUUUUUUUUUGUAUUUUGUUUGAAGGAGACGCCGUGUACAUGCCAAAUGUGCUGUAUAAAAGUGAUCACUGAGCCUUGGAGAAAAACAUCAAAACGAAUGCCCUCGUAAUGUGCUGUUAAAGACAAUUUUUUUUUAGUUUUCAUUCGGAAAUAAAUAACUUGUUUUACCA